AUGCAGGAUAACUUUUUUAAGGUAAUGUUUGUCUAGAUGUAUUCACUGAAGACACUAUCAGGUACUAGAAAGAAGUCUGUAGAUUUAAGCAUGGUUUGAACGUCGCAGCUUCCAAUUGUAAACCAAAUUUUAAAACAAGCAAGAUUCUGAGUCGGCAAAAACAAGCACAGGACUAUGCUGUUUCAUUCAACAAUAUUCUCUUUGAAAUAUAAAGAGGAAUACACGAUUCAAACUUAUACAUGGGAUUUCGGGGUGCAGAAAAUCAUUUAUGUGCUUAUCACAACAUACCGCUAAUGUUUUACCACGUUGUAAACAGCAUCAAAUUUACGAAGCUCACUUCCAUAGGCGACUUUCAAGUUUCCUUGAUUACCGUUCAGAAACACAAAAAAUAUUUUCUGCAAGAGCUUUUCGCGAGAAGUUCUUAAAGAGAUUUACAACAUUGUAGGGUCUCAUUUGUUUAUACACGCAGUCUUCAGAAUAUUUCGGCGUAAGAACUUCUUGCGCCACUUCUUGCGCCACUUCUUGCGCAUGCAAUAUUUUUGGGCUGUACUGUAAUUCUUCUCUAAUCGACAUUAUUUACUCUUUACAGCUCCUUGAGAACAUACAGGCCUCUGUGUCACGAAUUGAAGAGCGCCUGAUCACAAGUUCCGAUGUCUCGAACCUUGAAAGACAUCUCGAGGUACUGGAGUGACAGGCUGCAGAAAAUCAAUUUGACUUGGUAAGAAAAUCGUAGGAAAAAAAUGACAAUGUUCCUGAUUUGGAUGCUCCAAAAUUGCAUUAUAUUCACAGUUUAUUAUUGCUUCCAGAUUCAAACAAGGGACAACUGCCAAUCUUUACUAAUUCAUUUUUCUAGUUUUCAAUUUCUUGCAAUGAGCCGUGAAAUACGUUUUGUUGACAAUCUGUUGAAUAACCGUAUUUUCAUUUCACCAGCUGAAUGCCAUUAUUCCUGAAUGCGAAACUUCAGCCAAGGGCUCUGCGGAACCAGAAGGAGGGAACAAAGACCUGUCCACUAUCGAUUACAACACCCUAAAUGUUCUUCACGAGGAAAGUCAAACCACCAAGACACAAGAAGCCGCUCCCCAGGAGGUCAGCGAGCAGUUGAUCAGCACAUGUGUCACACCAACCAGAGUAAAGACAAUUCAGCGCGUCCUAACACAACAAGACGCUAAACGACACCUGUGUGCCUUGAGACUGCUAACACACUUCUUUAUUAAAGAGGAACUAGCAGAAAGCAAUACCGAUGGCAGUCACGACAAAAGAGGCUUGGACAGUGGCAAAUUAAAUUCGCGCAAAAUAUUAGUCUUUAGUAAGUUUCCAGCCAGUAACAGCGAAGAAAAGGCCAAGGCCUGGAGGGUUAUCAAAGGAAAAAUUAAUUCCCAAGUGUCGAGUUGCCCGCAAAUCUUUAAAGAUGCCAGAUUCUACUCCACGUUCAUUAUAAUAAGUUUAAUGUGUGCUUUCUGA